CCACACAGUGUCCAUAGAGCACAUACUGGAGAAAGCGAGAGAGUUUUGCGGGAAGCAUUUGCAAAAGCAUCGUCUCAUGCAAACCUUGGGAAGCCAUCUGUUAUCUUCAUAGACGAAAUUGAUGUACUAUGCCCUCGUCGUGAUUCUAGUUUGCGGAGCGGGGAAGCAUGAGCCAUUGGAAGUUUCCGUGCUUCAUAGAUUAUUGCACUUGCACAUAAUACUUUCAUAUUCAUAUUUCAUUCAACAUACUUGGUGAGUUUGCUAUUGCAGAAGAGAACAAGAUGUACGUGUAGCUUCUCAGCUCUUUAUGUUGAUGGACUCUAAUAAGUCCGUUUCAACAUCUGGAUUACAUGUUGUUGUAGUGGCAUCAACUAAUAGGGUUGACACACUCGACCCGGCUCUAAGAAGAUCUGGGCGUUUUGAUGCUGAGAUUGAAGUCACAACCCCUAAUGAAGAUGAACGCUUUCAUAUCCUCAAUCUUUACACUAAGAAGCUUCCAUUGGACCCCAGUGUUGACCUGCAGUCAAUCGCUGCCUCUUGUAAUGGCUAUGUUGGGGCAGAUUUAGAAGCUUUAUGCCGCGAAGCUACUAUGUCUGCUGUCAGACGAUCUUCAGAAUUAGAUCAAGUAGAUUGCUCUUGGAACAUAACAGUGGAUGACUGGAGGCAUGCCAAAUCUAUUGUUGGUCCUAGUAUAACAAGAGGUGUAGUUGUGGAAAUUCCAAAGGUUUCUUGGGAGGAUAUUGGAGGACUACAAGGCAUAAAGAAAAAGCUACAGCAAGCUGUAGAGUGGCCGUUAAGGCAUUCUGAAGCAUUUGCGCGGUUGGGAGUAUCACCUCUUCAUGGCAUCCUUCUUCAUGGACCUCCAGGGUGCUCUAAAACCACCCUUGCAAAAGCUGCUGCUCAUGCUGCACAGGCUUCCUUUUUUUCGUUGAGUGGUGCAGAAUUGUAUUCGAUGUAUGUCGGUGAAGGUGAAGCUUUGUUGCGCAAUACAUUUCGAAGAGCUCGACUUGCAGCACCAAGCAUUAUUUUCUUUGAUGAAGCUGAUGUCAUUGCUGCCAAACGGUAAUUUGCGCAGGAUAAAAAGUUCCCCUUAUGUAAAUGUGACUUAAUUGAGCUUCAAUUUCUAGGAAUUAGUUGCUUACUUCCAG